UCCCUCCCUCUCUCUCUCUCUCUCUCUCUCUCUCUCCCUCUCCCUCUCCCUCGCUCUCAGUAUUUUCUCGGCGGCUGUGAAAGGCAGAACACACAGGCGGCAGGAUGUCGAUCGUCAGUGUUGUUGCCAGGGAGAUCUUGGACUCUCGGGGAAACCCCACGGUGGAGGUGGACCUGCGCACAGAGAAAGGUCUGUUCAGGGCUGCUGUGCCCAGCGGAGCCUCCACAGGGAUCUAUGAGGCUCUGGAGCUCCGAGAUGGAGACAAGAGCCGCUUCAAGGGCAAAGGAGUCCUGAAGGCCGUCGGUCACAUUAACGACACUCUCGGUCCGGCCCUCAUCGCCUCGGGCAUCAGCGUGGUGGAGCAGGAGCAGCUGGACAACUUGAUGAUCGAGAUGGACGGCACAGAAAACAAAUCUCAGUUCGGGGCCAACGCCAUCCUGGGAGUGUCUCUGGCCGCCUGCAAGGCCGGCGCGGCGGAGAAAGACGUCCCCCUGUACCGCCACAUCGCCGACCUGGCCGGAAACACAGAGCUGGUGCUGCCGGUUCCUGCCUUCAAUGUGAUAAAUGGAGGCUCCCAUGCAGGAAACAAACUGGCCAUGCAGGAGUUCAUGGUUCUCCCUGUUGGAGCCGAGUCUUUCAAGGAGGCGUUGAGGAUAGGAUCGGAGCUGUACCACACGCUGAAGGGAGUGAUCCAGGAGAAAUACGGCCAGGACGCCACCAACGUGGGAGACGAGGGAGGCUUCGCCCCCAACAUCCUGGAGAACAGCGAGGCUCUGGAUCUGCUGCAGACGGCCAUAGAGAAGGCCGGCUUCACGGAGAAGGUGGUGGUCGGGAUGGACGUGGCCGCCUCCGAGUUCCACCGCGAUGGAAAGUACGACCUGGACUUCAAAUCCCCACCGGAUCCGGAGCGGCACAUCACCGGAGAGGAGCUGGCCGAGAUCUACCAGGGCUUCGUCAACAACUACCCAGUGGUGUCCAUCGAGGACCCGUUCGACCAGGACGACUGGGAGGCCUGGUCCCGCCUGACGGCCCAGGUGGGGAUCCAGGUUGUCGGGGACGACCUGACGGUGACGAACCCCAAGAGGAUAGAGAAGGCCGCGGAGGAGCGAGCCUGCAACUGCCUGCUGCUCAAAGUCAACCAGAUCGGCUCCGUCACCGAGGCCAUCCAGGCGUGUAAACUGGCUCAGGCCAACGGCUGGGGUGUGAUGGUCAGCCAUCGCUCAGGAGAGACGGAGGACACUUUCAUCGCCGACCUGGUGGUGGGACUCUGCACUGGACAGAUUAAGACCGGCGCCCCCUGUAGAUCUGAGCGGCUGGCCAAGUACAACCAGCUCAUGCGGAUCGAGGAGGAGCUGGGCGACCAAGCUCGCUUCGCAGGCCAUAACUUCAGAAACCCCAGCGCCCUGUGAGACAGACCGACGGACCCACUCACAGACAGACAGACAGACAGACAGACAGACAGAUGAGCGACUAAAACACACACACACGCACACACACACACACACACACAAAGACCGACGGGACAAACGGACCGGCUCAGACGGAGCGAUGUACAAAGACGAGACGCCACACAAGCGAAACACACGAGCAAAAAAGACAAAAAUAAAUUAUGCACUGGACUUAUAGGUAGGGAGAUGAUGCUGUAUGCACACACAUGCACACACUCGCACACUCACACACACACACACACACACACGUAUGCAGGUGCAAUGCACGCACAAAUAGGGGAACAAAAUAGCCAAUUCAAAAAGAUAAAAAUACAAGCCAGACAUGCACUGUUACUGUAGUUUUAAAGGAGUAGAUCAUGUACAGCCAGAUAGACGGAAAGACUCGCAGAAAAAAAGAUUAUUAUUAUAAUUACUAUUAAAACAAAGAGAUAUGUAGAGAUAUUAUAGUGUCAUGUAGAGUGAAACUGGAAGAGCUUCAAAUAAGUAAGUUAUGUAGAUUUAAAAAAAAAAAAAAAAAAAGAGAAAACAACAAAAUACACAAAUGUAAAGAGAGAGGAGGUCGCAGCUGGGAAAUGAAAAAAAAAAAAGAGAAACCAAACCAACUGUUCAACUUCAGGGACUGACUGACACAGGAUCGACGCCGACCGGAAACACACACACACACACACACACACACACACACACACACACGUUGUGUUGCACAGUCUUGCGCUCACUCGCCCCGGACACACAGAAAUAACUGCACUCUCUCUCCCCGCCUUCAUCCUCCUCUUUUUGUCUCCCGUUUCCUCCUCAUCGUGGUUUCUCAGUUUCGAACCCUCCUCCUCCUCCUCUUUCUCCUCCUCCUCCUCGUCUCCUUCCUCCCCGAUGUGACUCUGACGAUGGUUGCAGAUUUUUUGUCCCUGUCCUUCAUGCUUGAAGUCCCACCCCUUCCUCUUUGAACCCUGAACCCUGAACCCUGAACCCUGAACCCGACGCCCCUUUGGUUCCUACUGAAUGUCCAUAGAAUAGCUGUGAUGAAAAAGAAAAGAAAAAAAAAACAAGAAAAAAAAAAA